AUGGACGGUACGGCCAGCACGAGUAAGGAGGAUGCCUCGGAAUCAGGCACACUUCUGGACCAACCAAAAGAAUCCUUAGUACAGAUUCUACUGACUCUGGGUUUCACUCGAGAGGAAGCUGGAGAAGGAUUAUUGUGUACAGGGAACAAUGAUGCUGACAUGGCAGCUUCUUGGAUAUUGGAAAAUAGAGAGAGCAUGCAGACAGCUCGUGUCUUGGAUGUGGUAUUUGAACAAGAGCAGAUGGGAAGCUUAUUUGAUUGUGUUGACAUGUAUAAAAUGGUGAUAGCUGUGAACAGUGAAUUGAAAAUGGGACAAGGCAAGAUGGCUUCCCAAGUGGCACAUGCUUGUCUUGGAGUCUAUAAGGAAAUGGUGCAGACUAUUGAUAAAUACAGCAAAAUGCUUUUUGCUUGGCAGCAAUAUGGAGAAACAAUUGUGGUGGUCAAAGUUGAUAAAACAGUGAAUUUGUUGGAACUUCGAGAUCAAGCAGAGACAUUAAGUUUACCACAUUACCUCGUUCAAGAUGCAGGCCUGACACAGGUUGCACCUGGUUCAGCAACUGUGUUGGGUAUCUUUGGCAAAGUAUCAGAUGUGGACCAAGUUACUGGAGACCUCCAAUUGAUGUAA